AUGACUAUAAUUGAUGUUGCAGGUGAGAGAAGGAUAUCAGAUAGUUAUAAGAUGCGCCUAUUGAAUGAAGCAUUAGAGGGUUUAGAGAUGGUGGGUCCUCAGAGUUUCAUGGAAAAUGGCUCAGAGCUGCUGGCUUCGGCAUUGAAAAAGCUUGAAUCGGCUUUCAUGCCUGUUGUGGAAAACAAUGCUGCUAUAAAUCUUCAUGGAGAAAAAUCUUCUGAGAAGGAGGAUUUGGUUUUAACUUUGGAUUUAAGGCCUGUUGAAUUGAUCAACAUAAUUGCAGAGAAGUUGAAUAGCUUUGGUAGGGGUCAUAAGUGCUUGAAAAUGUAUUGGGAAGUUAGAAUUAAGAUCCUGAGAGAUAGUUUCAAAAGCAUGGAGACUCAUUAUCUGAGGUAUAAUACUGCAAAGAGUGUUGAUGCCAUAGAGUGGCAUGAUGUAGAGGGCUAUGUUGUAGCUUGGUUGGUGAUGUUGAAGAAAAUAGUGAAGGUCUUGGUGUCUUUUGAGAGGGAUCUCUGCUGUAAGAUUUUUGAGACAUUUGGGGAAAAGGUAUGGACAGAGUAUUUUGGAAAAUUGGUUUUUAGGAGUGGUAUGAGUGCGCUAAUAGAAUUUGGGGAAGCUGUUGCACUUAGCCAAACUCAACCUCAGAAGCUGUUUAAACUAUUAGAUAUGGUUGAAGGAUUGCAAAGCUUGAAGGAAGAUUUUGGAAAUCUUUUUGAAGGGUCAGGAUGCUUGGAAAUCAGGGUUAGGUUACAGGAUUUGGAGAAAAAAUUGGUGCACAGUGCUUGCCAAGUGUUGAGAGACUUUAACGGGAAAAUUGUGGAGGAUGCAGUGAUUUCCAAAGAUGGAACUACACCAAGGAUUGCUAGUUACGUUGUAAAUUAUCUAAAAUUAAUGGUGACCAAAUAUGGAAAAGUGAUGAUAGGGGCUUUGGAAAUGGAGGAUUGUACAAGCCUUGCACAAAAUGUUAGUCUUGUUAUAGAUUCUUUCGAGUUGAAUUUGAGAACCAGAGCAAAGGGGUACAACGAAAUCGUACUAGCAGAUCUAUUUCUAAUGAAUACUUAUUGGUAUAUAUUCAAGAGAGCUAGAGACAGUAAGUUGGGAUCAGUCUUGGGCGAACCCUGGUUGAAGCAGAGGAGGCGGCUUGUUAACCAACAUGUUUUGAGCUAUGAGAAGGAGAAAUGGGGGCCUCUGUUGAAGCAUCUGAAUAGAAAUGGAUUGGUCAUAUCUAGUCAUGGAAGAGGAGGGGCAAGGGACUUGUUUAAGCAGAGAUGA